CUGAGUCCUGGCCGCUGCGUCCGGAGCAACAGCACCAUGCCGAUGACACUGGGGUACUGGGACAUCCGCGGGCUGGCCCACGCCAUCCGCCUGCUCCUGGAAUACACAGACUCAAGCUAUGAGGAAAAGAUGUACUCCAUGGGGGAUGCUCCUGACUAUGAUUCAAGCCAGUGGCUGAAUGAAAAAUUCAAGCUGGGCCUGGACUUUCCCAAUCUGCCCUACUUAAUCGACGGGGCUCACAAGAUCACCCAGAGCAACGCCAUCCUGCGCUACAUUGCCCGCAAACACAACAUGUGUGGGGACACAGAAGAGGAGAAGAUUCGUGUGGACAUGUUGGAGAACCAGCUUAUGGACACCCACAUGCAGCUGGCCAGACUCUGUUACAAUCCAGACUUUGAGAAACUGAAGCCAGAGUACCUGGAGGCACUCCCUGAAACAAUGAAACUCUUCUCACAGUUCCUGGGGAAGCGGCCAUGGUUUGUUGGGGACAAGAUCACCUUUGUGGAUUUCAUCGCUUAUGAUGUCCUUGAGAGGAUCUGCUUGUUUGAGCCCACAUGCCUGGACGUGUUUCCAAACCUGAAGGACUUCAUAUCCCGGUUUGAGGGCUUAAAGAAAAUCUCUGCCUACAUGAAGUCCAGCCGUUUCCUCCCGAAACCCGUGUUCUUAAAGAUGGCUGUUUGGGGCAACAAGUAGGGCCUUGAGAGGCCAGAAGAUGGAAGUGAGGACACUACCGAGCCUGCUGCCUGGGCCCUGGAGGACAGCUGGACUCUCUUUACCCUGGCACCACCUUCUCCGUUCUUUCUCCUUCUUUUCAUUUCUUUCUCAUUCCCAAGGCUUUGGUACCCUCAUCUCUUCCUCCAACCCUGUCUCUUCCAGGCCCUUUAAGGCCUCAAGCUCCUACCCCUGGUUCCCUUCAGCAACAUCAAUAUUCUCUUUCCUGCACUAAGGCCAACCUGGCCUUCCUUCCAGUGAGUGUUUGCGUCUGCUUUGAGGGGCCCAACUGGACUGUGGAAAUUAGCCCGAACUGUCCCAGCUAUGCAUGAAAGACUGGUAUUGACCGGUGGGCAGACCCUGCUCUCCCAGCGUGGUGCCAGCCCUAGAACCCCCUGAUCCCCAGUAAAGCCUAAAUCACAUUU